ACGCGGGACAAUCCAAGAUGGAAGAGUUUGUGAGAAAACUGGUGAAAACUUCAGAUUUAAGUUCGUUGACAAAAGGAAAGAUCAAGGAAGCAUACAAAAAUAAAGUGGGAAGGGAAAUAACUCCUGAAGAGAAGAAUGCUCUGAAUCAAGCCUUGAAGAAUAUCCUAACUGAUAUCAACUCUCAUGGAGGAAAUAAAGAAAAUGCCCAGUCUCUUGCCUCGCCAUUAAAGUUGGUGAAAUCUCCCCAAAAACCAAAGCCACUCAAACAGAAAGAAAAAUUUACCCCUGAAAGGACCAGUAAGAAGAAGAAAGCAAGAACCUCACUGUCCCCUCGGCUGAGAGUGGAUGAAGUGGUGGAUGCUGUGAUGAAGUCCAGUGAUGAAGAGGAAGAAGAUGAUGAAGAGGAAUAUAUGCCACAGGUUUCACCACGGAAGAAGAGGUCUCCAGUAAAGAAGAAAAGCCCUGUGAAGAAGUCAACAGUGAGUGUUAAAAAGAAGAGUUUUGAUGAGGUGGUGAAUGCUGUGCUUGAUUCUGGAGAUGAAGAUGAUGAUGAUGAAAAGAUAGAGGAAGAAGAUGAGGAGGAAGACAGUAAUGAUGAAGCUGAUCCUAAAGUGGAGGCGAAUUCCGAUUCUGAUUACAGUGUUGAGAAAAAGGAUUUGGAGAAGGAUCUGUCAGGGAGUGAUUCUGAAUAUGAACCUUUUAAAGAUGAAUCAGAUAAGAUAUCACCUAGAAAGAGUACAAGGAGAAACAAUUCACCAAAGAAAGGAGCAAAGAAUAAGAAAAGAAAAAGGUACAGUCUUUCUAGUUCUGAUAGUGAUGAUGUCGAGGAGGAAGAGGAGCUGAAGGAAUCAGACGAUUUGUGUGAUGAUUCAUCUGAUGAUGAAAAAGCAUCAAAAACAAAAACGUCACUGAAAAGAAAACAGAUCAUUUCUAGUGACUCUGAAGAGUCCGAGGAAGAAAGGAAACCCAAAACAAAAAGACAGAGGACCAUCUUAAGCGAUGAUGAAAAUGAAUCUGAAGAUGAAGAAAAGAACAGCGAGGAAGAAAGUUUUGAUAAAGCUAAAGACGUUAAAAGGAAACCUGUGAAGGGAAAACAGAGUGCAGCGUCUAAAACACAGAAAGGGAAAGAAUUGAAGGAGAGAAGUGUUUUUAGCAUAACAGAGGGAUCAAGUUCAGAGGAGGAAGGUCUGUCUUUAGCUGAGAUCAGACAAUUGUCAUCAUCCAGUCAGAAUAGUGAGAAAGGGGAAAGAACUCUGUCCUCCUCCAAGCAAUCCAAAAAUGUAAGCUAUGCCAAAAAAGUCAAGGGAAAAGUGAGAAAAGAACCAAAAAGUCAGAACAAAGCCAAAAAAUCAUCACAAGAAACCAAGAUGGAUGUGAAUAAAAAGAGGAACAAGAAAAAAAGGACAAGUGAAGUGAAAAGUGAUGAUGACAGUGGUGGUGAUGAUAAUGAUGAAAAUAAUGAUGAUGUUUAUGUCAAUUCGUGUAGUGAUUCGGAGGAAGAUUUGCCACUUUCUGUGAAUAGAAAGGCUAAAAAUGUUAAAGAUAAAGUGAAAAAAGAACCAAAUAAUCAAAACAAGGCUAAAAAGGCAUCCCAUAAAACUAAGGUGACAGCUGAUCAAACAGUGAAUAAGAAAAAGAGUUCAAGUUCAAGUGUGUUAAAGAGUGAUGAUACCAGUGAAGAUGAUGUUGUUGUUAAUUCAGGUAGUGACUCGGAGGAAGAUUUGCCACUUUCCGUGAAUAAAAAGAAGUCUCCAUCUAAUUACAAUAGUAAAAAGUCAAAGAAAGUGGAGCUAGAAGAGAGUUCAGAUGAAGAUGAUGAGCAGCCAACACCGUCAACACCAAAGAAACUGCAGAGCCCACAUGAUACCUCUGACUCUGAGAGUGAAGGUUCAACAAAGAGUUCUCCACCUAUUCAAAAGAAAAAGAAAUCAUCCUCACCAUUACAAAAGAAAUCCCAAGAGAGGAAGGGCUCUGGGGACGGGAGUGAGGAGGAGGGUCCCCGUGUGAAGGAGCUGAGGAAGAUUUGUCGGGCGGUGGGGAUCCUGGUCACCAAUGCCAGACACCUGGCUGGGUGCUCCUCAGACAACCAGAAAAUCAGCAAACUUAACCAGCUGCUCAGAGAGGCAGGCAUGGAAGGUAGACCGAGUAUGAAAAAGGUGGAGGAAGUGAGACUUAUGAAGGAAGCAGCUGAACUAGACACCCACAAUAUACUGAAAACUGAGGGUAGAGGGAAAAGAAGAGUGAACAGCUUAUUUUCAAGGUCAGAUGAUUCUCCAAAGGUCAAGGUCACGCCAGUGAGAGAAAAAUUCAGCAGACUGAGAGACAUCAUUGACAGUGAUUCGUCAGAUUGAUAAAUUAAAAGAUUGGAGUGGAGGGAAGGGAGAGGCGUCCAUUGUUGUACAUGUAUAGGCAUUGUGUGGAGCCAACCCCCCGCCAGUAGACUGCAGUCAAUUUGACUUUGUGGUGACUUUGGGUGCAGAUACAAAAGACCUGAACCAAUUGCAUUCCUGUCUUCCAAUUUCUGUCAAGACCCUGUAACUAGUUAAGGAUGAAGAUCGGUGCAUAGAUCAUUAAUUUUGCACCCAAGUUGGAACCCUUUCAACAGGACUUCGUUCAAGUUUUGAAGUUUAAUUAAAAGGAAAAAAUUGCACAUAAACAAUUUUUUAACUGGUUUGAAGGAAUUGAUGCAUGGUUUUUUAAAAAAGUUUAACUUUUUUUAUGUCUUGCAUUUAUCUUGAGAAAGAAUUGGGUUAGUUGAUGUUAUAAAAGCUUGUUAAGACAAACAGACCAUAACCAAUUUUACUUCAUUAACAUAUGAUGUAUUUUUGUAAUCUUAUUUUUUUUUUUUUGGUAAUACACAAAAUGUACAUUGUGUAAUACUGCUACGAGGAAAAAGACAGAAAAUAUAUUAAAGAAAACAUUUCAAAUAUAUAAAAAACUAUUGUUUUGUUCAUAUACUGUCAUUAGCCUGCUGCUUUGGAAAACAAAAAUUACGGUCGAUGUAAUUUCUCUGUUGCCAGACAUAUAGCUUAGCACUUGGGUUCAAACGAAUCAAUUUUACAGGCUCUAAAAGUAAAUGAUACAACAUAACAAAGUGUCCAGCUACUGAGGUCGUCUGUAUGAUAAACUGUUUCUUUCGCCUGUAACAAUUGAUAAGCACCAAUCGCUGGAAAUCAGAACUCGACUUCCUGUUGUUGUCUUUGAUGUUUGACAGAAAUAAACAUUAUGACAUCAACUUA